AUGGCUAAAUCUUCGGCAACAAUCCAUGAUUUGGCCUGCAGCCAUGCCUUCACACAUGCGGAUAGCUCUUCGAGCAUUAUUGUCAUUGCGUCAGACUCCGUAUCUGCCGCAAGUACCCGAUUCCCCGCUGUCGUCAUUGCCGACUCCAGGUCUGUUGCUUCCGUCGUCCAACCUCGGCCAUGGUAUAUGGCUGUGAAUUCACUGACCUCCCUCUGGAGCGACUCAAGGGAGGGAGGAUGGCAACAGGGACCAUUCAACUCCGAAGCAGGUUGA